AAAACACAAUUUCCCAGGUUGCUUUGCGAUCAGAACAACAAAGAUGGCGAUUCAGCUCGGCGUUCCCGGACGUGAUAUGAAUUGUCAAACGUACAACAGAUGAACUAACAGAGCGACCACCGGCACAGCACUGCAGAAAACUCACCACUGCGGUGCAACUACACAACAACACAACUGCCAACGUCGCAACAUACACUCCGACGGACAGAAUGCCGUCUCCGAAAGCUAAGAACCCCGGUCGAAGCGGAGGAAGCCCGGUGCUCGGCAGCUCCAACGGCCGCUACGAGUUCAUGUCACUGACGAAGCCGCUGAACCGCUCCUCGCCGCCGCACCUGCUCCAGCGGCAGGGCUCCGACCCGACCACCGCCCGCCUCCGAGCCUCGGAGAGCCCCACUCGUCGCCGGGGCUCCAGCUCCUCCACGGGCUCGGCGAGCGGUCAGGGGCCAUCCGACGAGGACGGUAUACGGCUGAACCCGUCCUUCAUCCGCGUAGCGCUCAGCUCGCUGCUCGCCAUCGACCUGUGGCUGUCCAAGCAGCUGGGGGUGUGCGCCUGCGAGGACUCCUCCUGGGGCAGUGUGCGCCCCUUGAUGAAACUCAUAGAGAUAUCUGGACAUGGCAUCCCCUGGCUGGCCGGUACCGCCUACUGCCUGUAUAAGAGCGACAGUGCUGCAGGACAAGAAGUCAUGCUCAACCUCUUCAUGGGCCUGAUGCUGGACCUGAUCCUGGUCACCAUUGUUAAGGCGGUGGUGCGUCGGCGUCGUCCAGCACAUAACCGCAUGGACAUGUUUGCCACCUUUUCUGUGGAUCGCUACUCCUUCCCAUCCGGCCAUUCCACCCGCGCUGCCUUGUGUGGGCGUUUCCUCCUGGCUCACCUGGUGCUGGCCGCCCCGCUAAGAGUCCUCGUGAUGCUGUGGGCGGGCCUGGUCGGGCUGAGCCGAGUGCUGCUGGGCAGACACAACGUAACUGAUGUGCUGUUUGGCUUCUGGAUGGGCUACUGCCAGUAUAACCUGGUGGAGAUGCUGUGGCUCUCACCUCAAACCCUGCAAGGGCUGCUGGGACAGUUAGCUUAACCCAAAGCACUGAAGGAGGAGGAGACAUGGUGGUUUAUAUCUUGAUUGUGAGAGCACCUGCACACCUUUUUAGAAUGAUAUGUGAGAGAAAUUGACUAGAGAGGAGAGCUCUAUCGAACACAGUUUGCUUCUUCUGUUAUCUGACACUUAAGUCCAUCUCUGGCUCUCAUUCUAAGGUAGCAAGUAGCCUGCCUAUAAUAAGUAGUACAUGAUUUUAUUCACAACAAACCAGAAGGGAACAAAUUUGAUCAGUUUACUUCCUGAUGCCGCCUCACUCACCUCUGCCACUUCACUGGCCUGAUUGAAGGAUACAAUAUGAAGUCGACUCUUUCCAGUUGUUUGGUUUACUUUUGCUAAUAAGGAAAUAUUAAGUGCAGUUUUGUGCAACUUGCAGAUUUGUCUGCACACCGCUUCUAACUUUACAUCACAGAGGAGAAGUCAAAUACUUGAUAAUUAAUGUGAAUUUACUAUAAAAACAUGAAAGGUAUAGGCUUAAACUGCAGGUUUUAUGUUUUAAUCAGUCAGUUGCAGAACCAUACAGCCAUAGGUGAAAUAAAUCCAGUAUGUGUAUCCUGAUUUGUUCUAUGAUUAAAUAUCCUGCUCAGUGUCCGAGUGCUCAGCAGCUGACUAGCAGUUACCAAAGUGAUAUGAGUAGAAGUAGUUUAAACACACUUGUUGUGAUCUUUUCUGUUGUUGCUCUAAGCUGAACAAGAUUCACUUUCUUGAGAAACUUUCAUGGUGGUACGGUUGUCCCCCUGUUUUCACAGAUUGAGCUUCUUUAGGAUCAUUUCUAAAGACGAAUCUUGAUAUCAGUAUCCUGAAAGCACAGAGGACUUUUAUUUCCUCUUAACGUUACUACUGAUUUAAUAGGAUUAGAUGUUACAUUGUUUGAGGUAUACACACCCUAACCCACUUAAACAUUGACUAUAUCAUGUUUUUUUUUUUUUCUUUCCUUAAUAAUCAACCAAAACACCUUAUGUAGCUGACAACCAAUCAGCUCUGAUUGAUUAGAUUUGGUACGUACUCACAUUGUUAUCAGGGUCAUUUUAGAGAAAUUGGCAAAUACAGUAUAUAGUUUUCUUAUCAGAUACGUUUUGGUAUGUUUUUAUCAAACAUAUUAUGUAUCUACCUGCCUUCGCCCUAAGUCGACUGGGUUAGGCUCCAGUCCCCCCGCGACCGUAGUGAGAUGGAUGGAUCUUAUGUAUCUGUUUAUUAAUUUGGAAUUCACAUGAUUUUGUGGGUUUAGGGAUGGAAAAAGUGAAAAAAUGUAAAAUACAUGUCCUCUUCUCUUAGCAUUUUAAAUGAGGCUGAACUCUAGCAUACUGUACAAUACAUUUGUCUAUAUUUGGAAGGAAUGCUGCAAAACUAAUGGGCUUGAGUCUUAUAUAGUACAGUGGUACAUACUGUAUAUUUACAUCUUUACUGUAAAGUCAGAUUUACUAAACAUAACCUGUUCACAUGCUUGUAAUAGACUCACAGAUGUGCUGUUGAAAAUUUAUGGAAAAUUGUGACUGUAUGACACAUUGGUUGUCGUUUUUCAGUCGUUUUAACUUGCUGUUAGAGAAAAAAAAAUAUUUGAAGCGCAGAAAAAGUGGAGUUCAAAGAAAAAAUCUGAUCAGCUGUGGUUUUACAGAACAUUAAUGCUGUCACAUUUUGUUCAUCUAAGCCCAUCACUGCAUUACAAAAGCAAAUCUGAAAUUAAUUGUGGCACUUUGCAGUCAAUAUUGAACUCUGGUUUCAUACCACUCACAUAUUCUGAAAUCCAGCUACCACUCAUCUGAACAACUCAUAUAUUCGAGUGUUGGUUAUGGAACAAGGAGUGGUUUAGAUAUACCUGGAGCCUGGACAAGGGAAGCAUGUGUAAAUACCUGAAAUGUGUUUAAUUGCAAGUUUAGGCAUGAUGGCUCUGACUUAAAACAAACGCCAAGGUGAAGAACAAUAGCAGCUAUAGUCAUGAGCCCACUUGUUAAUCUUAGGCCAAGAAAAUAUCUUUUGAAAUUUUGUUCAUUUUUAAUUCUGUUCAAUCUUGUUUAAAUCUUGCACUGUGAAAUCAUUUCUAAAGAUCCUGGCAUUUUCCACUUUUUACAUGCUGCAGCCAUGUUUACAAGAAUGGCAAUAAUUUUACAGACAAGGAGAGAUAAUAGUUAGAAAACAUCUUUGGCGGUUUGUUGGUGGUGUCGGGUUUGGGUUGUGAUCUGGUUUGUUGCUUAGGUUCAUGGAUCAGUAAUCAGAAGGACUUUUUGUAAUCGGUUCUCUAUGUGCCCUGGUUUUGUGGAAAUUUGUGCAACUGUAAAUGAAUAAAAUAAUUUCGCCUGUACUGUGAUAUCGCAUGGCCACGUAUGACAAAUUGCAGUUUGACAUCUUGUGAUCUGAAACCUUGCAUUUUCAUGAUGUCUCAAAUAGCGCACAAAUUUACAGUUGAAGAUUCAUAAAGGCAAUAAUAUGUGAGGAUGUGAAAAGUCUUCCUACAGUUAAUAUUUGAUUUAUUCGCAGCUCUGGGCUUCUACUGCACCACAUCUGGUUUGAUGUUUACACACAUUGGGGUUUAAGAUGCACUUAAUAAUUCCUAGAAGCCCCAUGUUUGAUGCUUAAUCCACAUCCAUGUACUGUGCCACUCACCAGCUGGCUUAAGUGCCAGGCUGAGAUCCAACAUUAACAUUAUACUGGCGCCGAUGGUUAACGUGAUGCACCUCAGAUGUGUUUAGCGCCAUCACGGAAGCUGUCGACUGGCACGUAAACCCGUGUAGGAUUGUGUAGAGAGUUGUGGUCAACUGUUUUGUGCCCUUUCAACUGCUGGCUACCCCUCAUCUAUUGGGCCAUAUCAGAAGAAUCUUUUUUUUUUUUUAGUUUAAGCUACAUAGAAGCUGAAGGAAACUUUAAAUCUUCAUUUUAUUAUCAAUUACAGAGAAAGGAAAUACUGGGCAUGAUUGUCCAUCAAAAGGAAUUUGGAGUGGUACUGAAGAGAUUUAAAUAGAAGCAAAGGAAGUGUUGUGCAUGUUUUAUUAUUGCACCUGAUCCAUUCAUUCGCAUGGUUCACAUUCAACCUUCGUUCUCAUCUUCGCUGCAUGACUGUUGCUGCUGUGUUGGUGUAAAAGGCUGGACCACUCUGUCAGCAGAGAGCAAAUGCUUGAAUAAGUUACACAGCAGCUCAUUUCACAGACAGACAUCUUAGCACUGCCAGAAACCAGGAGGUGUUAAUAUGCAAAUAUGUGGUUGUAUUCAACUGUUUACAAUUUCUUUGAUGGGAAAAAUAAAUAAAUAAACAUGAUUAGUCUCUGCAGUUUUCACUGUUUGAGAGAUUUGAGGCUGUGAACCACCUUUUUGUGGCUGGUGCCGUUUGCUCUAAAGCAGAUUGAGCUGUUUGGUACAAACCAAAGCAAUGUAACAGACCCUUCCCAUCACUGACUGUUUUGUUGACUUCUUGCAUACUGUGAUGUCUUUCUGCAAUAACUAACCAAUUAUCUUCCCAGUGCAAGUGAGUGAGGUGGCACUUACAGGCUUUCUUUUUUUUUUAAUCACAUUACCAUUCUGUUGCAAAUCUAAAUAUGCUGGAUUGUGAAUUUUGUGACCAAAUGAUUUUUUAUGAUUGAUUUUUGUGGAGUUGUACAUUGAAACAAAGCUUAAAACUAAGAUACGUUGUUUAUCACCGUGAUUACAGGCACUAUAUAUUUGUGUAUUGGAUAGAUUUUGCACAUAACAUGUCACCAGUUUGUUCUAAGGUUCACAAACUUUUAGGAAAAUACAUUUUGCGGGUUUAUUCAGCCCUCAAGGAUUGUCAGCAGCUGUCACAUCAAUUCUUGCACAUAGACAUGAAGCCCGCUUCGGCAUUGUUCUCUACACUCUGUUUUGUCUGCUGAAAACUAUCAAUAAUAUUGUAUGUAAACUGUAUAGAACCUAUUCUGAUGUAUCUUAAUGUGUAUAUAUAUAUAAUAUAUAUAUACACAGUAUGUCUGUAUGGUCACGUGAUUACAUUGUUAUGUUCAAUGAAUUAUUCCCACAUGAUUUGAUUGUAAUGAUUUUUAAUUAAAUGGGGAACAAAUCUAAAA